GUGACACCUUUCGGAAAGACGACACAUCAAGAUGGAGGGCAACAGAGAUGAAAGUGAAAAAUGUUACAAAUUAGCUCUAAAAUACAUCCAAGCGGGAGACAAUGAUAAAGCAAUUAGGUUUUUAGAGAAAGCAGAAAGACUGUAUCCUUCACAUAAAGCCAAAGAUUUAUUAAACCGUUUAAGUCAACCUAAUGGGACUGCAAGCGGAGAACAAGAUGACGAAUCUGAUGGAAAACCAGGAGAAAAUAAUGCAGACAAUUUAAGAAGUCGUUUUGCCUCACAAUCUAGACAGAAUUCCACAGCAUCAAACAUGUCAAAUGCCUCAGAUAAAUCUGAAAAAGACAGUACUGCUAAUCACACCUCUCCUGGGGAUAAAUCACAUAAAGUUGAAAAGAAUUAUACACAGGAUCAGUUGGUUGCAGUUAGAAAAAUUAAGAAGUGCAAGGAUUACUAUGAAGUGUUAGGUGUAGCACGGGACGCCACAGAAGACGACUUGAAAAAGGCAUAUAAAAAACUUGCUUUGAAGUUCCAUCCAGACAAGAAUAAGGCACCGGGCUCAUCAGAUGCAUUUAAAGCUAUUGGUAAUGCAUUCUCUGUGUUAAGUGAUACAGAAAAAAGGCGUAGAUAUGAUCUCUAUGGUGAGGAGGAAUCAAGGUCGUCUGGCCAUCGACAUAGUCAUGGUGGUUACUAUGAGAAUGAUUAUACACGAGGUGGAUUUGAGAGUGAUAUUUCAGCUGAAGAAUUAUUUAAUAUGUUCUUCGGCGGAGGUUUCCCAUCAGCAUCUAAUGUCUACGUGAACCGAAUGCAUCCACAGCAUAGACGACAGGGUCACAAUAGAGGUUCAGCAGAAGAGGUAAGGAGAACUCGUACUUUUCACCGAGUUCGAAGAACGGACAUUGCAGGUAGCUAUAUGUUACUUAUUCAACUUGCCCCGAUACUAAUGCUAGUCCUGAUGUCCUUCUUGGGAAGUUUCUUCGUAGCAGAUCCUUCAUACAGUUUACACAGUUCAACAAAAUACACUAAUGAAAGAAAAACGGCCAACCUUGGAAUCAAAUAUUUCGUGAAGCAAGAUUUUAACACUUAUUAUAAAGGCAGUAUUAAUAAAGUAGAAAGAGAAGUCGAACACGAAUAUAUACAAAAUAUGAGGGAGCACUGCUAUAGGGAGAGAAGUUUAAAGGAAGCAACCUUAUGGCGAGCCCGAAACUUCAAUGAUGUCAAGCUUUACGAACGAGCCCAGCAAAUGAAAACGCCAAACUGUGAUGCUUUAGAACGGAUUUAUUCUUGAUGGGACAAUUAUGAUGUUCAUUUUGGGACUAAUUUAGUUUGAAACAUGAUUUCUGUUGAGGAGAACCUACGAGAGGCCACCUUUGUGAUUGAGAUAGAACAGAGAGCACGGCUACUGAUUAUUUUGAAUGUUUGACGUGAACUUCGAAUUGGAUGUUAACUGUUUGGGUAUCAGACAUAUCAGAUCUCUGACCCAACCUUUCAUUUUGAUCACAAUUUGGCAAUGGACACUUUGAUAUAACAAUGACAUGUUGUACAUUGUAUUGUGUGAUGCCAGCUCAAUAGACUUGAUCACAAAUUGGUUGAUCCUCACCAAGAAGCUCUGUGUCACAGUAGGGCAUCAUCAUUGGCAAUAGAUAAUCAUUUUUGAAGCACGGAUCUGAGACGGGCACUGUGGGCAGUUUGGCUUGUUUGUACCUUAUCUUUCUAUCAGUCAUUAGCCUUUGUGAGUGUUUUCAUGCAAGAAAAUGCUGGGUUAUUUGUUUGCUAGAAAUUUCAAAAAUCACCAUCACCAUCUGCUGUACAUGAACGAUCUGAAGAAUGUUUAGACUGUGUUCCUAGAUACACUUAGUUCUCCUAAGGUGUUGUUCUUUUAUCAGAGUUUUUAAACGAAUUACAAGCCUAUUUCAUGUACUCUAUGCUUGGAGAGCUUUCUAAUGGUACAGUAUGCUACAGCCUUCUACUCGUAAAUUACAUUAUCCAGUGCCAAAAUGAAAUGAAAUGUAAAAUACUAUUAUUUAUUCUGUCAUUCUGAUAUAUCGAUAUGUACAAAUAUGUUGAUACUGCCAACCAUGAUAGUAGGUAAUAUACUUUGGUCUACAUCAUUAAAUUCCUUGUGGGGAUUAUGCGACAAAAGUAGAGACUUAAUUUAUAUGUAUAGGGAAGUUGUUGGGUCCAGGCAUAAUUAGAGAUUUCAUCUCAUCUGUAUGAUGCCCUUGUUGACCUUGUUUGAUGGCAAGUAAAAAUGUAAAUGGUUAAUAAAGGCAUUUUACUUGUACUUUUACUUGCAUUGUGAUGCGGGUUUCAUGUCAUGUAAUAAAAAUAAAGUCAUUGGUAAAAAAGUGUGAUCAUUUGUCCAGCCAGUGACAGACAAAUACAAUGUAAAAAUUUGAAAAUGUUGUGAAAUUGCACGCUAGUGUCAAUACAUGUAAGUAUUAGACAAAUGUUAGCUUGUUGAAAAUGUGGGAACUUUCAUUGAUGAGACAACAUACAUGCAACGUGCAGAACUGAACAGUUGUCUCUCUGAACUGAUCAUAGUCCGACACAGAGAAAUAUAUUGAAAUUGGAAGCAAGUAGAACAUAAGUCAUGAACAUGUAGUAAUACAAUGUAAUUUGUAAAUAAAAUUAUUCACUUUGCAGUCCUUCCAACAAUCAUGGUUGUUCAAAAUGUAAGGUAUUGUUUUUAAAGUCAAUAUUAUUGGCGAAGGUGUUGCUUGAUCAAAAGUUUAUUUAACAGGUUUUAAAAAACGAAGUGGCUUUUGUAUUGGUAACUAAGGGAGAGGCCCUCGACAUGUACUGUGUUAUAGCUUGUUUCAAAGCUGUGUACAUUACACCAGAACAAAUCUGAUGCGUGUUGAGUGUCUCCUUAAUUGCUCGGAGGGAGUUUUAGUUAGUUGUGUAAGCUUUGUGUCGUACUCAUUUUAGAAUUUUUACCUGAAUUGACAUUAGGAAAUUCAACAUACUGAUAACUCAUAUUCACCCUGGUAUUGCAAGUUACUCUCAUCACGACACACAAUAAAGGAUUGCGGUCAUUUGAAAAGAUCUGGCACAACUGAAAUUGAUGUACUCGGACAGGCAAUAAAGUGAAAGGUUAUCCCUGCAAAUAUGUUCACAAUAUACAUUUUAGAAGGUGCAUGAAUUAUGGUCCUCUAUCAUUCCACUGUGGUGAUAACUUCACUAUCCUCCUCCUCCUUUUUCUUUUUUGUUCGGAAUUUUUUAGAUGAAUGCAGUCAAUUUUCGAUCACAAAGUUGGCUGUACUAGAGCGUUCCACCAGAGAGCUUUGUGGUCAGGGUGGUGUCCUUUGCCCAGUAUUCCUCUAUUCUUCAUGAGGGGCAGGUCUGAAGCAAUGGGUUCAAGUGUCAGAAAGGACCCUGUUUUAAUUUCAUCCUUGCAGAAUAGGCAAGAUGUUUUCAUUAUGAACAAAUCCAUUGUCCUCUCCUCCUUACAUUUAUAUCUUUCCCGAUCUGUAUAUUUUGCCAUAUCAAUGGAAUGUUAGAUAGUUUGGACAUAUUUCGUAGCAAGAAAACAACACUGUAAAUACUUGUACAUGUCCUGUAAUCCCAUCAAUGGCCUCUUAUUGUAUAUUUAUUUGUGAUGUACAUUACAUCUUACCAAAAAAAGUAAAUAAAGCCUUUGCAAUAA